AUGUUCUCUCACCUGCGCCCCAGCCUGGGAGAACCAUCGCAUUCGGCUCCUAACAUGUUUGACCAUCUACGCUCAAACACGGGCGGCGCCGUGCCCACCAACAACGAAGCUCAUCCCCACCUCCAGUUCCUGAACAAUGAACUUCCCAAGACCAAGUUGUCCGGGUCCGUUCCCAUCUUCACCGCCGAAGUUCUGGAAGCCAUCCCCGAGGACGAAAGACCGUCCCAAUACGGUCUCCUCGCGCUCGACAUUGCGCCUGAACCCUCCCACCCCUCCGAUGCUCUGAAAUUUCGCAUUUUCUACAACGUUGCGGAUCCAACGAGCACUUUCAUCUGCGGAAGUCAAGGCUCUGGCAAAAGCCACACUCUCAGCACUAUUCUCGAAAACUGCCUACUCCCGUGUCCCGCCAACCAGCUCCCUCGCCCUCUAUGUGGGCUGGUGUUCCAUUACGAUACCUUUAUCUCUGAUACUGGAGGCAUGCCGUGCGAGGCCGCCUACCUCUCCAGUCACGCAGGUGUGUCUCGCAUUUACAGUGGUCUGCCGAAUGUCGCCGUGGAAAGGCUUCGAAUCAACCAAUCCGAUCUCAACACCCAGCGCAUGCUCGAUUUGAUGGCUGUCAGCUCUGUCAAAGGAGGUGGUCUCCCACUGUAUCUUCACGUCGUCAGCCGCAUUUUACGCGACAUGCGCAUCAAGCAACAAGCGAGUGGAUCGGCAUUUGAUUACGCAACUUUCAAGGGACUGGUCAUGCGCGAGGAUCUGAAAGAAGGUCAGAUGGUUCCGCUUCAGCAACGACUAGAAACCCUCGAGAGUUUCAUGGUCCCGGGGCAAACCUCUGCCUCCAAAUUGGAAACGGCAGGCCAAGGAAUUAGCUGGACGCUCAAGGCUGGCCAACUCACGAUUGUCGACCUCUCAUGCCCUUGUGUUACCGCUGAGGCAGCCUGCUCCCUCUUCAACAUCUGUCUGAGUCUCUUCUUGGAACAGAAGGGCACUGUCGGCCGUAUCGUCGCUCUCGAUGAGGCGCACAAAUACAUGACGGAGAGUUGCGACAGCCAAACCUUGACAGAAUCUCUCCUCUCAGUGAUCCGCCUUCAGCGCCACCUUGGAACGAGAGUCAUUCUCUCCACGCAAGAGCCGACAAUCUCACCCAAGCUCCUUGACCUGUGUUCCACUGUCAUUGUGCACCGAUUCACGUCGCCUGCUUGGUUCAAUGUCUUGCAAAAGCAUCUCGCUGGUGUGGAUUCACAUGCAUUCGAUCUCAUGGCGCACAUCGUUGAAUUGAAGACUGGUGAGGCACUCUUAUUCUGUCCCAGUGCUUUGGCCAGUGUAUCUGAGAGACAUGUUUCAGGGCAGGUCAUCUUUCGCCGACUUGCCAACAGUCGUCUGAAAGUUCGUGUCAGGCAGAGAGUCACGGCGGAUGGAGGCAAGAGUAUUAUGGCGAACUGA